AUUAGAAACUUUCAUUCCCAAUUGUUUUAUAAGAUUUCCAACACCCUGCAUCUCUGAUAAAUGAUCGAGUUAAGCCACCCGAGCCUAAAUGUCCUCAAGUUAAAAUGCAAGCUCCUAGGUUUACUAAGGCGCUUUUAUAGUACGUAAACAUUAAUAAGACCAAGGCUACUUCGUAGACUGUCUAAAAUGUCAUCUUAUACCUAUAGUAUAUGGGGCAGGAAAUGCCCACGAUGGUUUCUACAAUUCUAUUCAAGUUUAGGUACCCAGAACGGCCACUACUCCUUUUUAUAAUAACAUGCGAUAAGUUAUUUCCUAUAACUAACAUGUGACUUUACUAGGUUAAUUGGUCUUAAUUGAGCAACUUCGGGGUCUACAUUCCGCAAAUCCCAAAAUGGAACUAUUCUAUCAUGAAAGACAUCCAGGGCUUAACAUCUCAAUUGUGACACGCCAUGCUUUAAUUCUUUCCUCUCUUACGGACGGAAAGUAGAAUCUCUCCUAUUAAACACCAUAAUAAAGUCUUGGCCUCACUUGCUAAUGCGAGCCGUAAGAGGCAUGUGAUACGAAUGACGAUACCUAUCAGUUAGCAAAGGUCGCACCGACGCAUCAAUGGCGCUUCGGCAGCACAAGACAGCAACCACCCGUCGGAGGGCUGCAGUGCUACUGUUCUUCAGCUCAGUUAGCCUCCUCGUACUUUUCAUCUGGAACCAUCGUGUUCUACCGGCCCCUGACCGGGACACCCCUACAUCCGUGUCGGCGCUACUCCACCACCACCAACAACAACAACAGCAUCUACAAACCCACGACAGGGAACAAGAUGCUAAUAUCGACCUCUCAAGCGCACGGGCUCCUUUCGUCGCCUGGCCCCUCCGACGUGUCUGCGCUGAAACCACAUAUAUCUCCGGUCUAACGUUUCUCUGCGACAACAAUAGCGGCGGACCGGGCAACAUCCGGAACUACAUCCUGACAUGCGUGCGGUACGCAGUCGAUGCGGGCGCUUCCGCACUGGUCUUACCGCGCAUCCAGACCCGCUCGCCCUCCAACCCGGCUAACCUGUUCCACGAGUACCAGGAGUUCGGGUACAUGUUCGACGAGGCGCAUUUCCGGAGCGCUAUGGCGGAUGCUUGUCCGCGCAUCACUGUGUACGCUCGCGUUGAAGACGUGCCUGGCGCGCGGGCUAAAGCUUCCAAGGCGAACCGGGGUAUUGACCAGAUCGUGGAGCGAGUGAUGCCUAAGACUUUCGGAGGCAGCCGCGCCGGAUGCGAUCAGCGGGAUCCGAACCGGCAUACGGAUCGGUUCGGGGGUGCAUUUCGGGAAUGGCUGCGGAGCUCGGCAGCAGAGCGCGGGUGGGCGCCAUCCAACGAUAUAGACAACCCGCGACUGAUCCGCUUCUCCUGGGGCGUGCUAUGGGACUGGCCCGUGUAUCGCGACGGGCCCGAGUUUGCGGCAACAUUCGGCGGGCUAUUGAAGAUCCGGGACGACAUCCUAGCCGUCGCAGAUGCCAUCGCGGCAUCGAUGAGGACGCUCGCCACCUCAACACGGGGCACCGAAACCGUAGCAGGCCAAUCGUUUCUCGGCGUACACCUGCGCACCGAAGCGGAUGCCCUAUCGCGAUGGCCAUCUUACGAGAACCAGACCAAGAACUACUUGCGCGAGGCCGCGAGUCAGGGGUACCAAGGGCGAGCAGCGUACAUAGCCUCGGGUAAUGAGACAGAAACAAGGAAGUUUGGCGCGGAGGCCAUGGCAACCUUACAGCUAGAGGUUAGGUCCAAGUACGACCUACUAGACGAGGGAGACGAGAAGCUGGAGAAGCUGAAGUCGUUCAGCUGGGACCAGCAAGCGUUAGUCGAUUUCGUGGUGCUACUAAACUGCGACUACUUCAUCGGAGUAAGUCCGAGCAGCUUUAGUAUCAAUGUGGCGUUGAAGAGACACUUACAGGAUGAGGGUUUAUAUACACGGCCGUGGAAGGUUGGAAGGCAAGGGGAUGGAAGAAGCUGGCUUGUGGGACGCUAUGAUCGGUACUGGGAAGAUUGGCUAUUUAUGUUUGACGGCAUGUGGCCUUGAAUAAAUCUAGAAGACUACCUAAAGUAGAUGGAAUUUAAUAUUAAGCGUCUUUCGCUCAUUCUUCCAUAUUCGUUUCUUUUAUCACGAACUGCUAUAUCGGAUGCACAGC